CUCGCUCAGCCUUGCCCACCGCCCAGCCGAGCCGAGCCGAGCCGAAUCCACUCCUCUUCGGUGCGGCGCGCUGAGCGGUGCUGGGCGCGGCCAUGCAAGCGCGGCGUCUGGCCAAGCGCUCCAGUCUGGGCAACCGGCGCUUGAACACGGCGGGGCCGCCCUCGGCCGCGCAGCCUUUCCCGGAAUCGGGGGGCCGCGGCGUAGCGAAGACCGAAAACUCCUGGAGGCCGCCUCGGCGCGAGGGCUCGGCAGCCGCCCUCGAGGAGGAGGACGAAGAGGAGGACGUGGUGGUGGACGUCGAGGAGGACGACGACGCCGACGAGGCGGAGGAGUUGGCCGGGUCGGGCAAGGGCCACGCGGCCGCCCGGGUAAGCCUGAAGGUAACCAGCAUAAAGCGUGAAAUGACCUUUGCAGCAUUUCAAAAGGAAGAUCUAAAAAGUGAUCUAAAUCAAAAACUCUCAGAUCAGCAAUUUUUUGUGUUGGCUAUGAAGGAAGAAGAUUCAAAAACAGCAGACACCAAAAAAAUUGGCAGAAUUCAUGAUCAUGAAAAAGAAAAUACUCGUUCUAUCUGUCUUCUUGAACAGAAGCGCAAAGUUGUAUCUUCAAACAUUGAUGUGCCUCCUACAAGAAAAUCUUCAGAAGAAGUGGACAUGGAUAAAGUCACGGCAGCUAUGGUUCUAACUACUUUAUCAACCAGCCCUUUGGUUCGCAGCCCCCCAAUCCGUCCUAAUGAAUCCUUAAAUGGAUCCUGGAAAGAAGGAGGAUUUGUGCCUUCCAGUACCAGUAGCAGUGGGUAUUGGAGCUGGAGUGCCCCAAGUGACCAAUCAAACCCAUCUACUCCAUCACCUCCCCUUUCUGCUGACAGCUUCAAACCAUUUCGAUUACCAUCUCAAACAGAUGAUGGCAUUGACGAGGCUGAAACUAGCAGUCUUCUUUUUGAUGAACCCAUUCCUAGGAAAAGGAAGAACUCCAUGAAAGUAAUGUUUAAAUGCCUUUGGAAAAACUGUGGAAAGGUACUAAGCACUGCUGUUGGCAUUCAGAAACACAUCCGGACUAUUCAUCUUGGACGUGUAGGAGAAUCUGACUACAGUGACGGAGAGGAAGAUUUUUACUACACAGAAAUACGUCUCAACACUGACUCAGUAGCUGAUGGAUUAAAUAGUUUAUCUCCAGUUUCACCCUCUCUAGCAUCUCUUCCUUUUUUUCCAUCCCAAGAUGGGAACAGAAGUGAACUAUCAUGUGCCAAAACAGAUGCUAAAGGGAUGACUCCUCUAAGCCGUUCAGCUCCUACCAACCUCUACCUCAUUCACUCUGAUCAUGCUUACCAGGCUACAGCUCCUGUGAACAUUCCAGGGUCAGCCAAGUUUACUCCCAAUGGAAAAAGCUUUAGCAUCUCUUGGCAGACACCCACAGUUACCUUCACUGGCCUUCCAGUUUCACCAACUCACACACGGCAUGUCGGGAUCGGAGAACAAAAGCACCAGAUCCACGCUGUUCUUUCAUCACCACCUAGAGCAUCAGUUGGCCUCAGAAAACCUAGAGGAGAGGGCAAGAAAUGUCGCAAAGUAUAUGGGAGAAAUAGAGAUAUGUGGUGUACAGCUUGUCGUUGGAAGAAGGCCUGCCAAAGGUUUAUUGAUUGAAGCCCAGAAACAAUACGGAGUUGUGUAUAAUAGGGUUCCCUUGCUGCAACCGUGCAGUGUGACUCUUCCCACCUCCUUGAGGGCUGA